UUUUUGCAGUGGCUUUGCGGCUCAUUCAGUUUUGAGCCGCGCUACAGUUAACAUCGCUUACUAACUUUAUAACUGGGUACCUGGCAACAGGUGUGCGCGUGUGUCCGAUAAAAUUUUUUAAUCAUAUUUUCUGCGUGUGUGUUUUGAUAUAUACAAAAAAAAAUAAAACACUUUAUAUUAGAGGAAAAAUAAAUUUUCCAACACAAUUUAGAGUGCCGUGUCUAAAAAUAGUAUCCGUCGUAAAAGCACACACAUUUUCUUCAGCUUAUCAGAGCCGUAACGAGAGGACAAUGCCUGUUAAGGAGAUACUGCAACGUUGCAGGCCCAUCCCCUUGUAUGUGGUCCUGGUACUAUCCAUUUGCUAUUUUGUCCUCCAACUGAUCCUGAGCCAUGUAACCCAUGCUCUGACUCUACUAAUGGCCUCCCAUCACAUGUUGUGCAAUAUUUUCGCACUCGGCGGCUGCAUCAUCACAAUUAAGCACAGCAAACAGAAGCCAGAAGCUAAGGAUUCCUCUGCGGAUCAGACCAAGUCGAAUGGCUCCUCGGGAGUGGUUGUUACCUUGGCCGAGUCGGAGGCCCAGAAACGGGCUAAAAGAGACAGCCGGGAGGAGAAACUGCGCAACACCUUCGGCUGGGCCAGGAUCGACAUCCUGACCAUGCUCAUUGUCUUCAUUAUCCUGGCCUCGUUGUCCUUCUCGCUGGUGGUGGAGGCUCUCCAGACCCUAGUGCACAUUGAUCACAAGGACACCAUGCACUUGCCGAUCCCUGUCAUGAUGCUGGGCUUCGUGGGUCUCAUCCUGAAUGGCCUGACUUAUCUGCUGAUUGGAGGUUAUACCCUGCACCAAGGUAGCUUCCUGCACCUGACACCCGGCGGCAAUGUGGUGCUCGAGCGGUCCAUGUCCAGCAACAUUGAUCUGUCGCUCACACCCAUGCAACGGCAACUGAGUAAGUCCAGGAAUGAUCGACAGCUCAGAGAGGAACUGGAGACCGAGGUGGGAAGUGUUUACUUUGCCACCAGACGCCAGGGAGCUGUGGAGAUGCUCCGCGAUGUGUCCAGUACGAUCUUUGUGAUCGUGUGCGCUGCCAUUGUCUACGUGGCCGAGGAUGAGGAGCACACCGCCAAGUUUAUAGACCCAGUCCUGUCCAUCUUCUCCUGUGUCCUGCUGGUGUCCCUCAGUUAUCCCUACAUGAAGGAAUCCUGUCUGAUUCUGCUGCAGACCAUACCCGGAUCCAUUGAUCUGGAGAUUUUUGAGCGCACCCUGGUUGCCAAGUUUCCUGAGAUCAUCAGCUACCACGAUCUUCACAUCUGGCAGCUGGCCGCCCACCGAUAUGUGGCCACCAUACACAUCCAGUUCCAGAAUCCCAAGCUCUAUUUGAAGAUCAUCGAGCAGGUGCGGGCCUAUUUCCACGAGCAGGGAAUCGGAGCGGUCACCAUCCAGCCGGAGUUCUAUCCGUCCACCAAUAAGAACGCUUCCGCAUCCCUGGAGUGCCUGAUGCAAUGCCAGGCGGCGGAAUGCAUUGAAAAGGUUUGCUGUCGCGACUCCCGCACCGAUCUUCGUGAGAUUUGCGAUGGUCCCAAUGGCCGGAAAUCCAGUUCUCCGGCCAAAUGUCAAGGCAAUAAUCAUGAUCAUGGCAAAAACAAGUCGAAAUCCUGCUGUGAACUCAGUGCUGUGGUAGUGGAGAGGCCAAAAGAGCUGAAUGCCGCGCAACUAAUGGAGGCUAAGGAGCAGGAUGCGCCGAAAUCCAAGUCUACGCUGCCACAGUCCGUAUCCCAGCCGGAAAUCCUACCUCCGAGAGAAGACACACCUCCAAAUUCAACUGAGAGCGCAUGAUCCAUCGCAGCAUGUGUAUAGUAUUGAAACAAGGCUUCAAGAUUUUGAUAAUUUUAAGUUAGUUUACGAAAUUGCCAUAUACAUUUUGGAGAUCCUUAUCUGGACGAUACGCUUAAAUAUCUUUGGUUAGCAAAAUGUUGUCGCAGGUAUUGGUGGGAAUACAAUGUCCCAUUUUAACAAUUUUAGGUUUUGUGACAGAAAUCAAACUGAAUUUUGCCCACCAGUGUAGUUAGUUACGUAUUAUUUAGAUUUAAUUUACAUUUACUAUCGUAUUUUGUAACGCAUAUGCCUAAGAAAUUUACAACCGAAAAAUUACACAAAAAAUAUACAGAUAUGGUGUAUAAA